GGAAAACAUGAUUUCGGGAAAUUAUUUCUAUUUUUAAGUGAAAGAAAAUAUUAAGCGAUCUAUAGUAAAGUUUUAGCGAUAGAUUAGUGUUGCUAAGUGUGCAGAAAAAUGGAAGAUGUGAAGAGAAGAGUGAAGGUGACAUGGAGUGACGAUCUCAGCCACAAUUCCGAGGAAGAGAGAGAACGGGAGCGUCUGGCGCAGCUAGAAAAAGAGCUAGCAGAGCAACCAGUCAAACCGGUCUACGAUCCCAAAGAGUUGAACCAGCUCACCUCCUUCAUCAUGAGAAUGACCACACUCUACGACCUUCGAGACGAAGAUUGGCAUAAGGAUGCUAUUCAAGGCAUAGAAGAUUGGAUAUUGGAACCAAAAGACCUCAUCCUCUGCAUAUACUUCAAAGGAGAUAAACUAAAGGCAGUGUCAGACAUACCAAUAUCACCAGUCUAUGACCUCACUUACUUUCUAAGACAACCAGAUUUUGUGUUCAAAGCCGAGACGUUCCAGGAUGAUAUAGUAUUUGGAACCUUCGUUGAUUCAGUUGAAGCGAACAUGAUACAAAUUCUGGAACUAAUGUACGCCCCGUACUUUUUCGCUAUCAACACUUGGCCUGAUAGCGUAAAAAGUGAAUUCUGUUCCCAACUGCACACGUUCCUGGCAAAGCUAACGGAUAUGUACUACAAAAUGCUUGGCCUGACAGUGCUGUAUAUACCACGGGAAGGCCAGCAUUUAUCCUUUGAGAAGGCUUCCCUUGACCGAGAGCUGGUGAAGAGGUUGGAAGGUGUAGUGGUGUAUUGGACCCAUCAGAUCAAGUCGUGUAUAGAGGACCAGUCUUCUGUAGCCUCGCAGAAAGAACUGCUGUGUCCCAGUGAUGAAUAUGAGUUUUGGGUUUACAGACAUGAGAAUUUAAACGCUCUGGUGUACCAACUGAAGAACCCCGCAGUCAAGCAUAUCACAAAGAUCCUCGUCACCACACACUCCACAUUCAUCCAUCAAUUCCUAUCGUUGUGUGAUGAAAUCAUGCAAAAGAUUGAAGAAGCAACUUCAAACAUCGAAUAUCUCCAAAUCAUUAAGCAACCUUGCGCCGUUUUGGAAUGCGUUGUAGACCCUGAUGAAAUAUGCAAGCACAUCCCCAAUAUCAUAAACUUAUUCAGAUACAUUUGGAUGGAGUCCCCGUACUACAACUCCGAGACCCGUAUAACGAACUUGUUCAAAGAUCUGAGCAACCAAAUCAUUAUCCUAUGCAAGAAUUACAUAAGACUAGACGAUCUUUUCAGUGGGCAAACUAAAAAAGCUUUAGGGGAGUUCACUAAAUGCAUCGAUUGUUGUAAGCAGUAUCGGGAAAUAUAUGAUUUGAUGUUGGAAGCACAUAGUGAAAGGAACCCUGGCACUUGGAAUUUGGAUACAGGAUCGAUCUUCAAUUAUAUUGAUUCCUUCAUCCAGAGGUGUUUCGAUAUGUUGGACGUUUGCAAUUGCAUGAUUAUAUUUGGAAGAAUCGAUGAACUAGAAAUGAUAAACAAACCCAUGUUUGGUGGAGCACGCGGCGACCAGUUCGAAGCGAAGUGUGAUCAAAUCGAGCACAUGUUCCACGACGCGCUGGACAACAUCAAAGCUGUUACCCCCAGUAUACUUGACGUUCAAGCGCCUUCCUGGUACGAUGAUAUACUGCAGUUUAGGACAGUCAUCAAAGAUAUCGAGAUAAUCAUAGAAAACUUGGUGGAAACCGUAUUUGAAGGAGUCAACCACGUGGAGGAAGCCGUGGUAGCACUGUUCUCUCUCCACAACUACUCCAAGAGGAAGAAUCUAAGACGUAUUUUCAAAAGGAAGACUGCUGAAGUAUGGGCGAUGUUCAGCGAGGAAGUACAAGAAGCCAAGAAGGACACAGUGUCAUCUCGUGGAGUUCACCCUGCCGAACUACCCUCAUUCGCCGGUAGAGCUGCCCUGUUACGCAUGCGAAGAAACCGAUUGGCUUAUCUUAAAAAGGUUAUGACUGAUGCCUCCGUAUGGCUGAUGCCGUGCAGCAAUUCUGAGGACGUCAUCAUGCACGUGAACAGGCUGAUGGGUGCCAUCGAUGUGGCAAUAAGAGAGCUCUGGAUCUCUUGGACUCACAACAUAGACGAGAAGUGUUCCGCUGGACUCAACAAGACCCUGAUGAGGAAAAGUGCGGAGAAUCCUGGACUGAUGGAAUGUAAUAUUGACGUAAAUAUCUUAGAACUUUGCAAAGAAGCUAGCCAUUGGGAAAAUUUGGGCUUGGACAUUCCUUUACACGCAUUUCAGGUAUACAUGAAGAGCAAGACAAUACUCUACGUGUACGAAAGCGUGUUGGCAGUGGUAAAGGGAUACAACAAGAUACUGGACUCGCUCUCAGAACAGGAGAGGCUGUUGUUUAAGCCGCUCAUAACGGCAUGCGAAAAGAAAGUUCAACCGGGAAUCUCAAAAUUAACAUGGACAUCAACAAUGUCUGAUGCAUAUAUUGCAGACUGUGUUUUGCAAAUUGGUGAACUGCAAGAUUUUCUUACAACAUACAAAAAUUGUAAUUUAAAUUUGGUAAAGAUAAUGGAAAAAGUUUGUGAUACCCCUCUUAUUGAAUUUGAUAUUUAUAAUGCUUUUGAAAUAAGAGAAUUUCGACACAAAAUAAGAGGAAUGGAAGAAGUAGCAGCUGCCAAAAUACUAGAUAUGUAUAAGGAAAUUAUAACUUACGUAAUAAUUGUAUAUGAAGGAUUUGAAGCAUAUAUUACACAGAUGGCAGAACACUGGAUUAAAUAUGUUAGAAGAUAUGAUCAAAUGUUAGAAGACGCAUUACGACUGACAAUCAAAGCUACUAUGCAAAAUAUAUACAAAUGUGUACAUGGUGACGGUACGAUGGCACCCUCACCUCUAAUCAAAAUGAAUCUUUAUUUAUCUGAUAAAAACCAAAUAGUUUUCGAUCCUUCACGUCAUGAGUUAGAAGAUACAUUUACAACGAUACUGGAGGAGAUAAUUUAUCUUUUAAGUACUAUUCCAAGGUUAUUCGAAAAAUUUGGUUUGCCUGCUGGUGGUCUUAAGAAGUUCAAAGAUGUUAUUACAAGUGAUACAGACAGUAAUAAAUUGCAAUCUUUGAUUGAUACAGAAAUUGAUUAUAAUAUCGCUCUUGUGAAUGAACAUAUACGGAUGUGGGAUCCAUAUUCUCACAUUUGGAAAGUUAAUAAAGAUGAUUUUAUGAUAAAAUAUCGUGAAGAUGGUCAUACAGCUGCAGAUUUUGAUGCAUUAAUUAUCAAUUAUAGUAACCUUGCUAACGCUGUCCAGAUACAAGAAACUGUAAAUCAGAUUCAUUUUAUAACCCUUAAUUCAAGUGAAUUGAAGAAAUCAAUCAUUGCUCAUUGUUUAAUGUGGCAAAUUAAGUUAGGCGAAGUGUUAAAAAAAAUAACAGAAGCAGAUAUCGAUGCAGUUUAUGCCUAUAUAGAAAAAAGCAGUAUAGAAGCAAUGACUAUGCCAGCUGAUUUGAAAGAAUUAGCCACUUCAAUGGCAACUUAUGAGCGUUUAGUCUCAGAAAUACCAAUAACAGAAAAAACUUUUCCUCCUAUAACAGAUAAAAUGAUGACUCUGGCUAAGUUUGAAGUUGAACUUAGCCCUGAUAUGCAAACACGCCAUGAAAAUAUUCCUGUGCAGUGGACAGAGUAUUUAGCUCUUCUUGAAGAAGCAAAAAAGUUGUUAGAGAUGAAUAAAGAUAAAUUUAAAACAGAACUCUUAGAACAAGCUGAGGUGUUUAAAGAACAAGCUAAAGAAUUUUGUGAAGAUUUCUAUAAGAAUGCUCCGUGCAGCUCUGACAUAAGUGGAAAAGAUGCACUAUCACAACUGAAAGCUUUUAGAGAUCAACUCAAUGCACUUCGCGCUCAAGAGCAACAAAUAAGAGAUGGACUAGCUGUUUUCAACUUGACGACACCAGUGAAUCUGGACCUACAAAAGAUGGAGAAAGAACUAGAGAAACUGGAAGAAGUUUGGGAACUGGUGUUUCAGUGGGAGGAGUCUUGGGAAAAAUAUAAAACACAAACAUUCUGGGAAAUGGAAACAGAUGAAAUGGAAGACAACGUUAUGUUUCUAUUUAGAAAUUUCAACCGCCUCUCUCGUCAACUCAAAGACAAAGGAUGGGAUAUAAUAGACACAACUCGAGUUAAAGUUGAUGCAUUUCGACGAACUCUACCUUUGAUUGGAGACUUGAAAAAUCCUUGUAUGAGGGAGCGUCAUUGGGAUAGAAUUAAAACUCUUAUGGGAGUUGAAUUUGAUCAAAAUUCUGAAGAUUUCAAGCUUGAAUUGAUAAUGCGUCUUAAUUUCCAAGCAUACGCUGAAGAUAUUGCAGAAAUAUCAAAUGCUGCAACUAUGGAAUUAAACAUAGAAAAUGGUCUCAAAGCUAUCCGAGAAGUAUGGAAAAACACAACAUAUGAAAUGCAGCAUCAUAAAGGAGAUAUGUAUAGAAUAAAGAAUGUUGAGGAUGUAAUGCAGUUUUUGGAAGACCAUCAAGUUCAGCUGUCUUCUAUGAAGUCAACCAAAUACGUGGAACCUUUCAUUAAAGAAGUUGAUUAUUGGGAGAAGUCUUUAGGUUAUGUAGCCGAGUGCAUCGAGAUCUCAUUGCAAGUUCAAAGACGGUACCUUUACCUUGAACAGAUAUUCAGUGGAGAAGAUAUAAGAAAACAGUUACCAGUUGAAGUAAAAGUAUUUGACGCUUUAACUGCUGAUUGGACAGAAGUUACCAGCAGUAUGUAUGCCGGCAAAAAUGCAAUUGAAGCAUGCUUAUAUAAACCAGCACCAUAUCUUUUUAACAAGCUUAAUAAUAUGGUUGAUAACUUAGAUGGAAUAUUGAGAGCCUUAGAAAAGUACUUGGAGACAAAACGACAACUAUUUCCAAGAUUUUAUUUCAUUUCAAAUGACGACCUCCUUGAAAUUUUAGGAAAUUCAAAGAAACCGCAAUUAAUACAAGUUCACUUGAAAAAGUUAUUUGAUAAUGUGAAUAAAAUAAAAAUUGAUAAGAAUGCCUUGGGCUUGCCAGUAGCUAAAGCCAUGAUGUCGGAAGACGGCGAGUGUAUCGAGUGGAAAUAUAACCUGGUGCUGGACGGACCGGCUGAGGUCUGGCUUUUGGGUUUGGAGCAUACCAUGAGGGUUGUGCUACGAGAUCAACUAAUAAUUACAAGGGCAGCACUGAGGAAGUGUCGGUAUCAGAGGGAACAGUGGAUCAAUGACUACCCAGGCCAGCUUGGAAUCACUUGCAGCAAGAUACAAUGGACAUCAGACUGCACACGAACACUUUGCCGUUGUGAAAUAAUGAAGGAAAAGAAACCAUUGAAGAAACUCCGCAAGAAGCAGAACCAGAUCCUGGCAACGCUGCAGAUGAUGUCGAGGAAGGAGAUCUCGAAGAUCCUGCGGUGUAAAGUGAACGCGCUGUGCGUUAUAGAGAUACACUCGAGGGAUACUGUGGACAGGAUGUAUAAGAUGGGUUGCAUGUCAGUGACAGCGUUCGAGUGGUUCUCGCAACUGAAGUUCUACUGGGACCGCGAGCGCGAAGACUGCUACAUCAAACAGACGAACACCAACUCCAUUUACACCUAUGAGUAUAUCGGGAAUUCGGGACGCCUCGUCAUCACGCCGCUUACCGACAGAUGCUACAUAACCCUGACCACGGCACUGCAUUUGUACCGCGGUGGCAGUCCACAAGGGCCGGCCGGUACGGGCAAGACGGAAACUACUAAGGAUCUCGGCAGGGCUUUGGCGAGAUGGGUGGUGGUCACCAACUGCUCUGAUGGACUCGAUUACAAGUCCAUGGCAAAGUGUUUUUCAGGCAUUGCCCAAAGCGGUUGUUGGGGUUGCUUCGACGAGUUCAACCGCAUCAACAUCGAAGUGCUGUCGGUGGUCGCACAGCAGAUCCUCGCGAUCCUGCUGGCGCUGUCCCUCAACCAGAAACGGUUUAUUUUCGAGGGUGCCGAUAUCAAGUUGGAUAGCAAUUGUGGGAUAUUUAUCACUAUGAAUCCCGGGUACGCCGGAAGAACAGAACUGCCUGACAAUUUGAAAUCAAUGUUCCGCCCAAUAGCAAUGUGCGUACCUGAUUCGCUCAUUAUUGCCGAGAACACAUUAUUCUCUGAUGGGUUCACCGCUUACAAGAUCAAUGCUAAGAAGGUGUUCACUCUAUACCAACUGGCGAUGCAACAGCUAUCCAAGCAGGAUCAUUACGACUUCGGCCUGCGCUCAAUGGUUGCGUUAUUGCGGUACGCAGGCGUUAAGCGACGAGCCUACCCGAAUUUACCGGAACAAGAGAUGGUGAUCCUAGCCAUGCGGGAUAUGAAUGUAGCCCGCUUGACCGCGAAAGACGUGCCUCUGUUCGACGGCAUCAUGCGCGACAUAUUCCCAGACGUGGACAUCCCAACGCUGGACUACGAGAUGCUGGAGACGGCGAUCACUGCGGAGAUGAGGCUGCUUACCUUGCAGCCGACUAAAGCUGCUCUGCACAAAGUUAUACAGACUUACGAGACCAAAAACUCUCGACACUCCAGCAUCCUCCUCGGCGAUACGAACACAGCUAAAUCCGUCUCGUGGAAGAUGCUAGCCGCGACGCUUAGCCGACUUCAUCGCGAGAAAGUGCCCGGCUUCGAGAACGUUCAGACUUACCCCAUAAACCCCAAGGCUUUGACCCUGGGGGAACUGUAUGGGGAGUAUAACCUGGCUACUGGGGAGUGGAAGGAUGGAGUGCUGUCUUCCAUUAUGCGGACUACUUGUCAAGAUGAAUCACCCGACCAGAAGUGGAUCAUCUUCGACGGCCCUGUGGACGCGGUCUGGAUUGAGAACCUCAAUUCUGUGAUGGACGACAACAAGCUGCUUACUUUGGUCAACAGCGAACGAAUAUCCAUGCCUUCGCAGGUAUCGCUGCUCAUAGAGACACUAGACUUGGCCGUGGCAUCGCCGGCCACGGUGUCGCGAAACGGCAUCGUAUAUAAUGACUACAAGGACUGGGGUUGGUGGCCCUACGUCAACUCCUGGCUGGAGUCUAUCGUUGACCUGGAAUAUAGAGAGAGUUUGCGUCGCCAUUUCCUAAAUAUCCUGACUCCAGUGUUGGAAUUAAAACGUUUGCACCUGGUGGAAGGGCAGAGCGUGAAGGGUCAGGAGCUGACGGGGGUGCGCUCGAUGUGUCGCCUGCUGGGCCUGCUGCCCGCGCCGCUGCCGCCCAUGCCUGACCAGGAGGACAACGAGGGCUUCUCCAAGAUGAGAUUCCUGUUCGCAAUGAUCUGGUCGGUUUGCGCCACGCUGGAAGAGGAGUCUCGACGUAAGCUGGACAAUUGGGUGCGCGAACACGAGGGCAUCUUCCCGCUCAAGGAUACAGUAUACGAUUAUUACGUGGACGAGCGACUGCGCCAGUUCAAGUCCUGGGAGGAGAAGUUGCCUGACAAUUGGCGAUAUAACCCCAACUUAGGCUUCCACACUAUCCUGGUCCCUACCGUGGAGUUCAUCCGCGUGCAAGUGGUUGCAUUGGAUGCAGUGCGGGCGGGUCACGGGAUACUGGUCGGUGGCUCCACUGGUACAGGCAAGACUUUUCUGCUCCAAGGAACGCUCGCCAGCCUUGACCCUGAGAGGUACAGCACUCAAGUCAUUAACAUGUCAGCUCAGACCACGGCUGCCAAUGUUCAGGAUAUAAUCGAGGCAAGGCUUGAGAAGAGGACUAAAGGAAACUAUGUACCUGCGGGAGGCAAAAGGAUGAUAGCAUUCAUGGACGAUAUCAACAUGCCGGUUCGCGACGAGUACGGCUCACAGCCUCCGCUCGAGUUGGUUCGACUGUGGUAUGAUUAUGGCUACUGGUUUGACAGGCAGAAGCAGUGGCGGAAGAAUGUUAAGGACAUGGUGCUGUGCGGCGCGGCGGGCCCGCCCGGCGGCGCGCGGUCUCCACUACCGCCGCGGUUGCUGUCGUGCUUCCACGCCUUCUUCCUGCCGACGCCCACGCAGCAGCAGCUCGUCAAGAUCUUCGGCACCAUGCUGUCGCAGCAUCUGCAGGAGUUCGACGAGGAGACCAAGACUGUUGGAAAAAUAGUUCUCCUAGCGACGAUUGACAUGUUCAACAACAUAGUAGCGAAGCUAUUACCGACGCCCAGUAAAAUGCAUUAUUUGUUCAAUUUGAGGGACAUUUCUAAAAUUUUUCAGGGUCUGCUGAGGAGCAAUAAAGAUUACCAGAACACCAGGCCCCGUUUCCUGCGACUGUGGGUGCAUGAGUGUUUCAGAGUGUUCAGCGAUCGCCUUACUGAGGAAAAGGAUCGCGACUGGUUCAUGAACCAAAUGGUCGAUAUACUGGGCAAGCACUUCGAGCUGACCUUCCACGCACUCUGCCCCUCCAAGAGUCCACCGCUCUUCGGCCACUUCCUCAACCCGUUCGAAGUGUAUGACGACUUGAAUGACCCCGCUGCUCUGAGAAAAUACAUUUCCAAUCAAUUGGAAGAGUACAACAGUUGCCCGGGGGUGGUCAAAAUGGAUCUGGUGCUGUUCAAGGAUGCCAUCGAGCACAUUGUUCGCAUAGUUCGGGUCAUCUCUCAGCCGCGGGGGCAUAUGCUAUGCGUCGGCAUUGGUGGGUCUGGAAGGCAAAGCUUGACGCGUGUGGCCUCUUAUAUCUGCGAAUGCAACUCUUACCAAGUUGUGGUCACGAAGACAUACGCCAUCAAGGACUUCCGGGAGGAUCUCAAGACAUUAUACACAAGUUGCGGAGUGGACACGAAGAAGACGACGUUCAUCUUCUGCGACACGCAAAUAGUGGAGGAGACGUUCACUGAAAUCGUCAACAAUUUGCUCAGCAGUGGAGAAAUAACUAAUUUGUACAAGGCUGACGAAUUUGAGGACAUAAAAUCAGCCUUAGAAAAGCCAAUGAAGGCAGCAAACAUAAUGCAAACAAAUGAAACGGUGUACUUGUUCCUAGUGGACCGAGUGCGUGCCAACAUGCAUAUUGUACUGUGCUUUAGCCCGAUUGGCGAUGAGUUCAGGAAUCGUAUUCGGCAGUAUCCCGCGUUGAUAAAUGCGACCACAACCAACUGGUUCCUGGAGUGGCCGCGCGAAGCGUUGCUGGAGGUUGCGUACAAAUUCCUUGACGGCGUGGAGUUACUUGCCUCCAUUACUGGACCGCGAGUCCGAAGAAAGGAGUCUGUGGUAGAGAGUCGGGAGGACAUCAUGCGCGCGUCAGCGGCGUCCAUCAUGUCGCUGAUACACUCGUCCGUCGGGCAGUACUCCGUCAGGAUGUGGCGCGAGAUGCGCCGCACCAACUAUGUCACCCCGACUAACUACCUCGAGCUGGUCUCCGGAUAUAAAGAAAUGUUGAAAGCGAAAAGGAUUGAAAUAGCGUUGCAAGCUAAUAAGUUGAGGAAUGGUUUGGGAAAAGUAGAGGAGACUACCAAACUUGUGGGGCAAAUGUCUGAGGAAUUGGCUACGGCGCAGGUCCAAGUGGCAGAGUACACAGAACAGUGUAUCGAAUAUAUGGGAGUGAUAAACGUGCAGCAACGAAACGCAGACGAGCAGCAACGCAGCGUCGCAGCAAGAAGCAAAAAGACCCAAGAGGAAGAGGUGCAGUGCAAGAAACUCGCUGAUGCCGCCAUGAGGGAUCUAGCCAGCGCUAUGCCUGCACUCGAAGAGGCUGUUAAAGCUUUGGACGCUUUGAACAAGAAAGACAUUACUGAAGUGAAGUCGUACGCGAAACCGCCGCAAAAGGUGGAAAUGGUCAUGGAGGCCGUACUUAUAUUGUUGCAAAAAGAACCAACCUGGGCUGAAGCAAAAAGACAACUCGGCGAUCAGUACUUUCUGGACCGAUUGCGCGAUUUCGACAAGGACAAUAUAUCGGACAAGACUUUGAAAAAGAUCGGCACAUACACUUGUAAGCCGGACUUUGACCCGGAGAUCGUUGGCACAGUGUCUUUGGCCGCUAAAUCGCUCUGUUUGUGGGUUAGAGCCAUCGAGAAGUAUGGAAAAGUUUACAAGAUAGUAAAACCCAAAAAGGAGCGUCUAGAAGAAGCCCUAGAGUCUCUGCGCAUGAAACAGCAGAUCUUGGCGGAAGCGCGAGCAAAACUCAAGGAGUUGAGCGAAAUGAUCGCUCGACUGCAGAAGGAAUAUGAUGAAAAGGUGGCUCAGAAGGAGGAGCUGGAACGGAAGUCGAGGAUGCUGCAGCUAAAGUUGGAAAGGGCUGAGGCUUUGAUUACUGGACUUUCUGGUGAGCGUGAGCGAUGGGAGUUGACUGUGGAGAGGCUGGACAAGGAGUUUGACAACCUCCCCGGCGACUGUCUGAUCGCGACCGGCUUCGUCGCCUAUCUUGGCCCUUUUGUUUCCGAGUACCGUGAAGCGCUCAUGUUCGACUGGUUUAAUGAGGUAUGCAAUGAAUCACUGCCAGUGACUAUGGAUCUCAGCAUGAAGGUCUUCUUGCUUGACGAUGCUACUUUAAGGGAUUGGAACUAUAUGGGAUUGCCCGACGAUAACUUCAGUGCAGAGAAUGGCAUAAUAGUAGUUCGGGCGACAAGGUGGCCGCUCGCCGUGGACCCGCAAGGUCAAGCGCUGAUUUGGAUCUCACAUCUUGAGGAGAAAAACGAUAUUCAGAUCGUUGACUUCGGGCAGCCCAACUAUCUCAAGAUCAUGGAGACAUGUCUCUCCGCAGGCCAGCCCAUCAUCAUACAGAAUGUGAGCGAGGUUCUAGACCCUUCCAUAGCGCCCAUCCUCGAUAAGGCGAUUGUCAAGAUCGGACACGACUUGGUUAUUAAGUUCAACGAGAAAAUGGUGCCUUACAAUCCGAACUUCAAGAUGUAUCUAACCACGAAAUUAGGAAAUCCUGUAUACACGCCGGAAACCUUAACCAAAACGACGAUGGUCAAUUUUGCGGUGAAGGAACAGGGGCUGACGUCACAACUCUUGAGUAUUGUGGUUCGUAAGGAGCGACCACAGCUCGAAACUAUGAAGGAUAACCUUGUAAUGACUAUUGCGAAGAAUAAAAAGACUUUGGUUGAUCUAGAAAACGACCUGCUCCGCAUAAUGUACGAGUCUCAAGUGCCUCUACUGGAGAACGAAGAGCUGUUCAUAACGCUGCAGACCUCGCAGCGGACCUCCCAGGAAGUGAAGGAGGCCCUCAUCACGUCGCAGGUCACGGAGAAAGAGAUCGACACUGCCAGACAGGGCUAUGUCCCUGUGGCAGUGCGUGCGUCAGUACUAUUCUUCGCACUUAACGACCUGUCCCGCAUUGACCCAAUGUAUCAAUUCUCGUUGGACGCCUACAUCGAUCUGUUCACAUACUCCAUCGACCGCAGCCCCAAGAGCGGCGAGCUGGAAGAUAGAAUCAACAACCUGAACGAGUUUCACACCUUUGCUGUAUAUAAGAAUACCUGUCGAGCAUUAUUCGAGCGGCACAAGCUCCUGCUGUCGUUCCACAUGGUGUCGCGUAUCCUGUUCCAGCAGGGCAAGAUGAGCUCCCACGAGUACAUGUUCCUGCUCAAGGGUGGUGUAGUGCUGGACCGCUCCGAGCAGCCUGACAAUCCCACAAACUGGCUGCCAGAAGAUUGCUGGGAUAAUAUCACCGAGAUGGACAAGCUACCGGGUUUCCACGGCAUCACGGACGGUUUCGAAACCUUUUCCAAGGAUUGGAAGGAGUGGUACCUGCAUCCUGAGCCGGAAACACAACCGCUCAUCGGUGAAUGGAACGAUGUGUGUAACGAGUUCCAACGCAUUCUAUUCGUGCGGUCGUUGCGGAUAGACCGUGUAUCGGCGUGCAUCACUACUUACAUCGUUAACGUCCUAGGACCACGAUAUGUUGAGCCGCCCGUGCUCGAUAUUAAGGCAGCCUGGGAGGAAUCAACAUGGAAAACCUCCCUUCUAUUUGUGCUGUCGCCUGGAGUGGACCCGACGUCCGCUCUCAUCCAACUCGCGACCGACGUGAAGAUGUUUGAUAAGUUCCAGUCACUUAGUCUGGGGCAGGGCCAGGCUCCUACUGCCGCCAAAAUGCUAGCUCACGGCAUGAAAGAGGGCGGUUGGGUGUUCCUCGCCAACUGCCACUUGGCUUGCGCGUGGCUCGGCGCACUACGUGGCUUGGACAACCCGCGCAUACACCCGCGCUUCCGUCUCUGGCUCUCCUCCAUGCCUGAUGACAAGUUCCCUCUCAACGUCCUGCAGAGGUCCAUCAAGAUGACUACUGAACCACCUCAGGGUUUAAAAGGCAACCUGGUCCGUCUGUACGCAAACCUGAACGAGGAUAAGUUCGACGAGGCGACGCCUAAGUACCGCAGACUGCUGUUCUGCGUGUCUUUCUUCCAUUGCUCGCUGAUCGCCAGGAAACGGUUCCGGCAGCUUGGAUACAAUGCUGUAUACAGCUUCAACGAUUCGGAUUUUGAGGUGUCAGAUAACUUGCUAGCGAACUAUCUGGAAGAAUACGAGGAAGUGCCAUGGGACGCACUGCGCUACUUAUUCUCCAUCAUCAACUACGGAGGCCACAUCACCGAUGACUGGGACAAGCGCGUGCUCAUCGCUUACAUCAACCAGUUCUUCUGCGAAGAGGCGCUCGAUGUGCCGUUUUACAGACUUUCGAGUAUCCCUGCGUACCACAUCCCACGGGACGGCAGUCUGGAGUCGUACCGCGACUUUCUGGACCUUCUACCGGCGUACGAGCGCGCGGAAUCCGUGGGACAACACGCCUCGGCUGACGUCGCUGCUUUAGCACAGGACGCGCGAAUAAUGUGUUCGACUUUGUUCGCACUCGCAUCUACUGGUGGCGGCGGUGGGGGUGGGGGAGAAGAUCAAAAGGUGGAUGAGCUGGCAGCAGAGAUGCUGUCCAAGCUGCCAAGUCGCAUUGACAUGGAGACCACAGAGCGGAUGAUGGGGCCCGAGAUCGUGAUGCCGAUGUGCGUCUCCCUGCUGCAGGAGAUUGGCUACUACAACACUCUGAUCUCCAGCAUCGUUGCCGGACUAAAGGAACUCCGGCGUGCGAUCGAGGGCUUGGUGGUGAUGUCAGAGAUGCUGGAGAUUAUGUACAACUGUAUAUUUGAGGGAAGAGUACCAUCGUUCUGGCAAAAAGCUCGUCCCUCAAUGAAGCCGCUGGGCGCGUGGUGUCGGGAACUAUACCUGCGCGGGUCACACUUGAGCGCGUGGGCCAACGCCCCCCGCUCUCCUCCUACCUUAUGCUGGCUGCCGUCUCUGGUCGCACCCACUGGCUUCCUCACCGCUGUUAUGCAGACUACUGCCCGUGGUGAGAGCUGGCCCAUCGACACAUUGUGUUGGGAGUUCACUGUGAUGCCGCUCGAGGAAAAUGCUUUCGUGCGCCCGCCGAGGGAUGGAGGCGUUUAUAUACGAGGCCUAUUCCUGGAGGGCGCGAGUUGGUUCCGCAAGGACGGCCACCUGCAGGAACCACUACCGAUGCAGCUCGUGUUCCCCUUGACGCCCAUACACUUCAAGCCCAUCCGAGCCACCGGUCGACGGCUGAAAAAUCGCUACGUCUGUCCGUGCUACUACUACCCGUUACGCAAGGGCGCGUUCGUUGUGGCCGUGGACCUCCCCGCCGGCAAGCAGACCUCCGACUUCUGGGUCAAACGGGGCACCGCGCUGCUUUGCACCCUCGCAACAUAGGAGCGUUUGUUGUAGUCUGAUAUUUGUCUAAAGAUGA